AUGAGUAUUUUCCCGUCACAAGUGUCAUCCAGCAAACCUAGCUUGGUCCAUGUACCGAAGUGGAAGCUGCCGCCGGCUCCAUCACAACCUCAGAUACGCCGCGUGCCAGUCCGCUCACGUUCAAUUUCACCAGUUCGUCAUUUUGUGAACCUUUCGGCCCAAAGCUCAGACGAAGCGCGACCAGCCCCAAAUCACACAGUGAUUCGCGCCGCUCCUCACUUCAAUACUCUGACUGAGAGCACCAUCAAGCAUUCUCGGAUUGGUCUGGAUGUACGCCUCCCGUCACUACUUUUCGUCGGUGGUGGCACUGUUGAGGGCCACGUCACUCUCACGGUCGACGCUGGUGCCCAGGACUCACGAAAAGAGACCAAGCCUAUUACCAUAUCGCGGUUGACAGUAGAUGUCAUUGGCACAGAGGAAGUCAGUCUUAGACGCUUCUGGCCUUUCCUCACACUGGGCCACGAGCUGUUCGACAUCAACCACCCGCCUCCUAGCUCAAUCGUCAAUGGCCGCAGCUCACACUACAACUCCGAGCUUGGCUGGUUCCUCACGUCCGGCACGGCUAAGAUCCCGUUCUGCGUCAAUCUCCCUCUGAAUCCUGGUCCACCGCCAUACAAGUCAAAAUCAGGGGUAAUCCGGUACAUGCUCUCAGUGACAGCCCAGGUGAAGGUCGGUGAGCAGAAAAAGGGACACAUCGUCCGCAAGAGCCAGGAUAUCUCAGUCCUCAAGGUUUACGACCCGCUGAAAGCCCUGGCAGGAUUGCCCCAGCCUCUGGUCGCAACCGAUUCCUUGACGGUGACACAGUCGCCGGAGGUACAAACUCUGACGGUCUCAGCGGGGCUGCACCGUAAGACCUGGGUCAGCGGCUCUGACGCUUUCAUUGAUGUGCAAAUCUCCAAUCGCUCGGCCCGCGAAAUCAAGAGGUUCGAAGUUCAGCUGCAGAGAACCACAAUGUGGUACAACUACGCAGCGCCGGCAUAUGGGCCGCAGAGCGAAAAGUACGUUGGAAGCCGAACACCAAAGAAGACAGAUAUCGAGAUUUGCAGCACAUGGUCUAUGGUCUCCAGCAAAGGGAGAGCCGGCAUUCGCCCAUUUCAUUCUGAGGUCAGAACCUGUCCUCUGGCGAUACCUCGCAACAGUGUCUCUGUGGACACAGGUAGGUGGUUCGAAGUCCAUUACUUCAUCAACGUGGUGGUCCCAGUGGGCUGGUCCAAAAGCUGCUCUGUGCAGCUACCAAUUACCUUGAUACCAUACAACUCUCUGGACAUUCCUCCAAAUCAACUCGCCUCAGUCGCGGCCUCGAUCGAAGCCAAGGUCGAAGCUAAACGACAGAGAACUCUGCCAUUCCCGUCAAAGCCAUAUCAGCCAUAUCGUCCAGGACAGUCCUUUGAUGCACCCCGACGACGGUCACUAGACCAAGCACGUUCAGAAGUUGGUGUCAGGUCGAACAACGGAAGCUUUACUACGCACGAACUCGCAACGUCGCCGUGUAAAGUGCCUAGCACUCCGGUGUCACGAGCAGGUCCAACGCUACCUCGACUUCAGGUUUCAACUUCAGGAAUUGGGUUCUCAGACUCGGAGUUUGAGUUGCCUGCAGAUUCUUCGAAGAAGGUGAUGCUAAGCGAGCAAGAACGCAAGAUGAUCAAUCAGGCAAGAGAGCUGAAAAUGCGCAGAGAAUAUAGCUUGAAGUACAGGAAAGCGGUACGAACUGCGUAA